AUGAGUCAAAUUUUCACACCAAUAGAGGAGGCUUUACAAGCAUUUAAGAAUGGAGAGUUUUUGAUAGUGAUGGAUGAUGAAAGUCGAGAAAAUGAAGGAGAUUUAAUAAUAGCAGCAGAAUUAACAACUCAAGAGAAAAUGAAGUUUUUAGUACGUUAUUCAUCAGGUUAUGUCUGCGUGCCCUUAUCAACUAAAAGAGCAGAUGAUUUAGAGUUAUAUCCAAUGUUAAAAGAUCGAACUGAUAGACACGGAACUGCUUAUACUGUCACAUGUGAUUUUGCAGAUGGGACAACAACAGGAAUAUCAGCCCAUGAUCGUGCUUUAACAGCAAGAUCAUUAGCAUCAUCAAAAUCGAAACCUGAAGAUUUUAUAAGACCUGGCCACAUUUUACCAUUGAGAGCUGUACCUGGAUUAUUGAAUAAAAGAAGAGGACACACAGAGGCAGCUGUGCAGUUGUGUGAGUUAAACGAUUUACAACCUGCAGCCGUCAUUUGCGAACUAGUUAGGGAUGAAGAUGGUUUAAUGAUGAGACUAGAUGAUUGUGUCAAGUUUAGUAAAACGCAUAACAUAAAGAUUAUCAAUAUCGAUCAAAUUAUUGAAUAUGCUAAUAAAAAGUAA